AUGGGCUACAACGACGCUGCUAGGAGUGUGAGCAGAGACAGCGGCUGUGAGCUUGAGAGCCCGACUGUGGCAUCCUUCCGUUCCGCCGUUCUUGAUGGGGAAUGGUCUGAAGCAGAACAGCUCCUCUUCGGAGCCAGCACAGCAGCAGAUGGAAGCCAGGCAGGCAACGGCUUGGUCCUUGCGCAAGGAGCCGAUCGAAAUGUCAUGAGAUUCUGGUUAAGACAACAAAAGUUCUUGGAGCUCUUAGAGAAGCAGGACACCGGCCGAGCUCUCACAGUCCUCCGAACCGAGUUGACACCAUUGUAUCAAGACACGCAACAGCUUCACUUCCUCUCCAGCCUUCUCAUGUGCCAGUCUCCAGAGGAUCUGAAGGUCAAAGCCGAGUGGGACGGUGCAUUCGGCCAGUCGAGACAUAUCUUGCUCUCCGAGCUCUCCAAAUGCAUAUCACCAUCAGUCAUGCUACCGGAGCACCGGCUGGCUGUGCUUCUCCAGCAAGUGAAGGAAUGGCAGAUCGGCAACUGCCUCUAUCACACAAGUGCCACCUCCCCAUCAUUAUAUGCGGAUCAUGUAUGUGAUAGGAAUCAAUUCCCAACUGAGGUCAUCUAUGAGCUGGACAAGCAGGCUGGUGAAGUCUGGCAAGUCCGUUUCUCACACAACGGCACACGGCUGGCCAGUUGUGGGAGUGACCGGGCCGUGUAUGUUUGGGAUGUUACUACUUUUGACUUGGCAUUCAAAUUAGAUGGUCACGAGGGCGGUGUGGGUAAUGUUGCAUGGAGCCCUGAUGACUCCAUGAUUGUAUCUUGCGGCCGGGAUCGCUUCGCCCGCAUUUGGGAUGCCAACGUAACUAUGACUGUCUCCGCCUAG